AUGCAUCAUAUUCGAGUAACAAAGGAGGAAGAGCAUGACAUUUUGGUGUCAGCUUUCAAGCACGUGAUCACCGAUGGGGUUGAUACUCACACCCCACAACAGCUUCAAAUACUAGAAGCACUCCAGGGUAGUUGUACUGCCGCAUCAUCAUUGCCUUCAACCAGUGGGGCGAGCGACACUAGGAAGAAGAAGAAGAAGAAGAAGGAUGGCAAUAAGAAGAGAUACAGGGGAGUGAGGCAGAGGCCGUCGGGGAAAUGGGCUUCUGAGAUUCAAAACCCGAGGGAAGCGAAGCGGGUGUGGCUUGGCACCUUCAAGACCGCAGAGGAGGCUGCCAGGGCUUACGAUAAGGCUGCCAUCAAGUUCCGUGGACCUAGAGCCAAGCUUAAUUUCCCAUUGUCAGACCAUGAGGUUGAAAGAGAUGAUCAGCAUGAUGAACAAGCUCGGGAGGUUAAUAAAAAUGUGAAUGUGGAGAUGAUAGCAGAGAGUGAUACACGGAUUGUGAAAGACGUGGCAGAGAGCAGUGACGAAGAGAAUGAGCUUUUGGAUGGGAUUACCAUGGAGAAACUUGAACAAUGGAUGAUGGAUUGGCCUGACAAUGCCGAUGACCCCACCCAGUAG